AUGGCUGAAGCCGAGAAGCGUGAGCAAGUUGACCCGGUCAACGGCUCUGAGAGCAACGACCAAGGCGCAGCGACGCUUCAGGAAGAUGACUUUGGCUUCACGCCCGAACAGCAGCGGCGAAUCAUCCGCCGCAUCGACGUCCGCUUAGUGGUGACGGUGGGACUGCUGUACUGCGUGUGCUUGGUCGAUAGGACGAACAUGUCCGCCGCCAACAUUGCCGGUAUGAGCAAAGAGCUCGAUCUGAACAUUGCCAACCUCGUCUUCUUCACGACGUAUACAAUCUUCCAAGCCCCCUCCACGAUCCUCAUCCGCAAGAUUGGGCCCCGGGUGCAUCUCGCCCUGAUUACGCUGUUUUGGGGCGCCGUCAUGGUUGGCAUGGGCUUUGUUGAGAGCUUUUCGCAGCUGGUGGCGCUGCGGAUGGUCUUGGGGGUUAUGGAGGCGGGAUUGUUUCCUGCGUGUACGUAUUUGCUGAGUACAUGGUACACUCGAUAUGAAGUUGGGAAGAGAUACUCUGUGUUCUAUCUUCUGAGUUGCAUGGCGUCGGGGUUUUCGGGCAUCCUCGCCUACGGUCUCAUGCAACUGAAUGGCCAGCAAGGCCGCUCCGGCUGGCGCUGGAUCUUCAUCAUCGAAGGCACCGUAACCUGCGCCAUCGCCAUCGCCAGCUACUGGCUCCUCGUCGACUUCCCCGACUCCAAGCGCCAGACAUGGAGCUUCCUCACCCCAAAGGAGCUCGGCUGGGUCGUCCACCGCAUCCAGCACGACCGCGGCGACGGAAAGGUCCCUCCGUUCCAUCUCGGCAAGUUCCUCAGCGCGGGCAAAGACUGGAAGAUCUGGAUCAACGGCAUGAUCCUCUUCAACAGCGCCACCAUCACGUACUCGCUGGCAUACACCCUGCCCCUGAUCCUGCAGCGCAGCCUCGGCUUUUCCAUUGCCGAAGCGCAGUGCCUCGUCGCGCCGCCGUACGCCUUCGCCUGCGUCUUCAUGUUCUGCGGCGCCUGCGUCGGCGACAGGUUCCGCCUGCGCGGGCCGGUCGUCAUGGUCAACUCGGCGCUGUGCCUCGUCGGGAUCCCCGUCAUGGGCUGGGCGCCGACCGCCGGCGUGCGCUACCUGGGCGUCUUCCUCGUCAUCGCGGGAGCGAGCAGCAACGUGCCGGCCGUCAUGGCCAUGCAGGCCAACAACGUGCGCGGGCAGUGGAAGCGGGCGUUUGGCAGCGCGGCGCUCGUCGGCUUCGGCGGGCUGGGGGGCAUCGCGGGCAGCCUGGUGUUCCGCGAGGAGGACGCCGCGGAUGGGUAUAAGCCCGGCUUGUAUGCGGUGAUUGCGUGCGCGGCGCUCAACAUUGUCUUGGCCGCCGUGUGUGAUUUUGGGCUGUGGAGGGCGAAUAGGAGGGCGGAUAGGGAGGGCGUUUUGCUCGAGGCUCACGAUGAUGAUGCCAGUCCGGAUUUCCGAUACACGUAUUAG